UUUCAGAAUUCUACGAUUCCCUUCCUCUCCGGCGAGGAUCCGGCGAGACUCCGACUGAGGAAACGGGAGAGUUUCGCAGGUUUCAUUUGAAUUUACAAACUAUUACUGAAAGUUUCUUUGUAGGAUUUCUAUGACGUUCGCUUCUCCUAGCAGUGUUAUCUGUCAGAACAGAGCCUUGACGUUCUCCGUCGUUUCUUCUCCGGGAGUUCUACACCAUCGCUGCUUCUCUUGCCUUCAACCGCAGCGUUUUCUUCAUUGCAAUCGUCGUUCGUCUUCGAACAUCGGGAUAAACGUCACUCCGGCGGCCUCUUCCGUCGUCGCUAAAACUGCUCUAUCCGAACUCACGUUCAAAGUCAGAGCUCCAGUUCUGUUCCUGGUAGUGUCAUCGACGUUUUGUGUUGAAAAUUUGGAAAACAAACGAUUGCAAAUGAGACCCCUGCUUAAGAUGGUAAUCAACAGAUGGCAGUUCAAGUAAGCUGAUGAGAAGAUCCUGAUUCCUUCAUUAGCCAUCACGUAGGCUUUAUACUACUUUCAAGGUGAAUUCGGAGAAAAUAGUUCUGAAAUAAGGUAUCAAUAUAUAAAAACUCACAUGUUGCGUGCAAUUAUUUUCAAGUUUAGUAACAAAAUCUUUUGGCAUCCAUCAUCUAUGAAACUUUGUUUGUGACGAGCUGUUCCACUUGAUUAUAAGUACAUUUAUAGGAAAGAUUCCCUACUGUUACCUUAAGUUAGUUUUCCUUUAGUAAAGGGCAAAGCUUCAUGAACUAUAAACAAAUCUGCAUAUUUUAUGACUUCCUUUCAUAUAGUAUAAUGAAUCACGAAGUCGAAUCCGUGUCACAUAGGCAGCAUUCUCAGAAGCUGCAAUAAGAUGGGAGUUUGUUAGAUUUAGUUUCAUACAUAAACAUAAAACUAUGGUGUGCCUAUUAGUUUUGGACGAAUGGACAACUUGAUGGAAUUAGCAAUGGAGAAAAGUUACAAUAUUGUAAUGAAAUUUGAAGCAGAGGUAGAAGAAGAUAGAGUAUCUAUACAAACAGAUAAAUAAUCCCCAAAUGAAAAUGUUAUGCAAAAGAA